CCAAGCAGAAACAAAGAGCCGCCAAGGACUGCAGCCCGUCCUUAUCUUAGAGUCACCGCAGCCUUCUCAUUUUACUGUAGCCAAGGGUACCUAUUUUUUACUCAGCCACCGUUUUUACAAGCAACCAUCAUCCAAGCCAAGAAAACUUGCCAACGUACAACAAUUUUUUUGACAAUACCGGUAACACAAAGCCAACCUUCAACUGGGAGGCGCGGGCUACAAUCAUUCAACAACCCAUGUGGCAAGUGGGCUAUUUGUGUGAGUGGCUGCGGCAGAUCGGCCGAUGGGCAUAAGCAAUCAAGCGGCGGCUGCGCGCGUCUAAAAAGUCGAAACACUGCGGUCGCGUCGUGA